UUUCUUUCUUCUAUUAACCGGAGUAACUUGGACACACGGAGAUUCAUCCAUAGAAACAAAAACUAAAAGUGAGAGAACACUUAACACAACUUGUUACGCUUCUUCGUCAGAAGAAUAAGAGGUGCUCGUAAAGUACCCUUCGUGGAAGAGAAAAAGCAAAAAGAAAUUGUCGAGAAUCCAAAUGAAAAGCAAGACGGUGAAAGGAAAUUGGAGCUUGAGGACCAACAAGCUCAGCUUCCCUUACGUCUUCCUCGUAUGCAUCUUCUUCUUCUUCGCUGGAUUCUUCGGUUUUACUCUCUUCUCUCACUCUCAGGGCGAUGGUCAUAGCUUGAGGCCGAGGCCGAGACUGCUUGAAUCGACGGAGGUGGAGUACAAUUUGAUGCCUGUUGGAGAGCUUGGUGAUGAUUCCAUUACAUCGAUUCCUUUUCAGGUUUUGAGCUGGAAACCUCGAGCUGUAUAUUUUCCUAAUUUUGCAACUGUAGAACAAUGUGAAAGCAUAAUUGAGGUGGCAAAGGAUGGCCUCAAACCAUCAACCUUGGCAUUGCGCAAAGGAGAAACAGAGGAAAAUACGAAGGGAAUUAGAACAAGCUCUGGCAUGUUUAUUAGUGCUUCUGAGGAUAAAACGGGGACUUUAGACGUCAUUGAGGAGAAAAUUGCUAGAGCAACAAUGAUUCCUAGAACUCAUGGAGAGGCAUUUAAUAUCCUAUGUUAUGCGGUUGGUCAAAGAUAUAAUUCUCAUUAUGAUGCGUUCAACCUUAUUGAAUAUGGUCCACAAAAGAGCCAAAGGAUGGCAUCAUUUUUGCUGUAUUUAACUGAUGUUCAGGAAGGUGGGGAAACUAUGUUUCCAUUUGAGAAUGGCUUGAACAUGGAUGGUAAUUAUGGGUAUGAGGACUGCAUUGGUUUAAGAGUAAAGCCACGCCAAGGGGAUGGUCUUCUAUUUUAUUCAUUGCUCCCUAAUGGUACAAUUGAUCCGACAUCACUCCAUGGGAGCUGCCCCGUGAUAAAAGGGGAGAAGUGGGUGGCUACAAAGUGGAUAAGAGAUCAAGAACAGGAUGAUUAGAUUAUUGGCACCUGCAAUCGAGAUUCGAUUUUUAACGUCGAUCCUAUCAAUUCUGUCUCUUAUGCGAGGUCGUCAUCUUCCACGCAGUUUAUUUUUAUAUUGUCAGAUGAAUAUUGAAUAACCAUCAGAUAAAUUUAAUUAGAUGCCUAAGUUGUAUAACAAGAGUACAAAUUUUGAUAGCAUGAAGGCACUACUAGCUGUUCAUUAUUAGAU